AUGGGCUCAGUCUUAAGGGCAACAAGCCCUUUCAGUGUUAAAAGGGUUGCUAUAAUCGGUGCCGGUCCAUCUGGACUCGCAGCAGCAAAGUUUCUGCGCGCAGAAGAGCAUUUUGACACCAUCGACAUCUUCGAGCAGCAGUCUGAAGUUGGCGGGAUCUGGCAUUACACUCCUAGUUCAGGGGAGAAGGUACCGAUUCCCUCAACCGACCCCAAUAUCCCACUUGAGAAACCGAUAUUGCCAGAUGGAUCAAAAGCGCCAAUCUUUUCGAAUCCCAUGUAUGAGCACUUGAAUACAAAUAUACCCAAACAGUUGAUGGGUUUCUCUGACCAGGCGUUUCCCGCGGAAUCUCUACUCUUCCCAGCUCGGCAGGAUGUCCAACAAUAUCUCGUGAAGUAUUCUCAGGAUAUUAGGGAUAUCAUCUCUUUCUCCACUCAGGUCGACGAUGUUCGGCCACUGAAAGAGAGUCGCUGGGAAGUGAUCACCAAGUCUACGAUCACGGGAGUUUCCAAGACGAAUGAAUAUGACGCCGUAAUUGUUUCCAAUGGUCACUACUCUGUGCCUCUCAUUCCAUCAGUCACCGGAAUCGAGGCUUUCGACGCUGCGUAUCCUAAUCUCAUAACACAUUCUAAAAUCUACCGUUCUCCAGAAAGUUUUACGGACAAGAAAGUCAUAGUAGUGGGGAGCGGAGCGUCUGGCUUGGAUAUUGGAACGCAAAUCAGUUUUGUUUCUAAGAAGCCCCUUUUAUGCUCUGUCAGGUCACCAUUACCACAGAAAUUCGGUCAAGCAAAGGAAGAAGUGCCUCCCAUCGCUGAAUAUUUGGUAGAGGAAAAAGGGGUUCGGUUCGAAGAUGGGCGUAUAGAGAAAGAUAUCGAUGCCAUCGUGUACUGCACAGGAUACUUCUACUCCUAUCCGUUUCUGAAGGCACUUGAUCCAACAGUUACGAAUGGUCGUCGAGCCGUUGGAGUUUAUGAGCAUGUAUUCGACAUCGCGCACCCAACGCUUGCUUUCUUGGCAUUGACUCAGAAAGUUAUACCAUUCCCAAUUGCCGAAAUUCAAUCGGCAGCGAUUGCCGGAGUCUGGUCAAACAGGCUCGAGUUACCUACACAGGAGAAAAUGCAAACAUGGGAGAAGAAACGGGUAGAAGAGGCGGGUGAGGGAACGAACUUUCACGUGUUCGGGUACCCAAAAGAUGCCGAAUAUAUCAAUGGGUUCCAUGACUGGGUAAAGCUUUCUGGCUUUAAAAAGGAGCCUACAUAUUGGGGCCCAGAACAACUUUGGUGCAGGGAGAUAUAUGCAGAUGUGAGGAAAAAGUGGGUGGAAACAGGAAGUAUUGCAAAAUCGAUGGAGGAGCUGGGAUUCAAGAUGAAUGGAAUCGUCGUUGAAAUUGCGCUAGAGAAUGAUAUCCACAUAGACACAGCUAGCCCUGAAUUAAAGGAUAGAUGA